CGAACACGGCACGAUGAGAUGCACGUCUAAUGCCCAAGUCCACAUAUCUCCAUGAUCCCACCUCAUUCCGGUUGCCAUUGAUUAGGAGGCCACCUGCGCAAAAUAGCGUCAGAGGCGAAGCAGAAAGCAUACCAGGGCUCCUCGAAGGUCUCUGCACAGAGAGCGUGCUUCGCGCGCAAGCUGCAGGUUUCACCUCGAAGGUGCUCCUCACCCGCGACUCUUUCGCCAGCUCAGCGGGUCCAUUACCACUUUAACCAUUGCGGUGUAAGAGGGCGGGCAGAAUUACACCUUUGAGUGUAGCACGGAAAGGAUGGCUCGUGAUAGAUUGGCUGCCAUGAGGGCCCCGCAGGGCGGCGGGCAAGAUGGUGGCGGGUAUGACGCUUCUCAUCGUAAUGGAGCGCAAGAAGGCAAUGGAGGGCGCAGCGGUUCCUACCCGGUCACAGGAGGAGCUUCACAUGGCGCUUAUGAUCAGCAGGCAGGGUAUGGGCAGCAGCAGUCUGCGUUUGGCCAACGGCAGCCUGAUUAUAGGCAACAACAGGGUGGCUACGGCGGUGGUGGAUAUGGCCAGCAACAACAGCAGCAAAGUGGCUACAUCGGUGGAGCUGCAAACGAGUAUCGCUGCGAUUGA